CCUGCUAUAAUCUUGAUGAUUCUCUAUGGCCAAAAUGAUUUUCUUUUUUUUGUUUGGUUGUUAAAUUUCUGAGUUGUUUGAGGUGAUGGAGGUGACGGUGAUGUUGUUGAAAAUAUCUGGACGGCUACUUUUUUCUUGCGUACGCGAAUUGUCAAAUUGCGGAUACUUCCAAAAACUAAUUAUGGUUAAAAAUUCUCGGAUUGAAAAAGAAAUAUCUGAAAUUAACUCUAAAUUAUUGCACAUGUGGGGGAAAAAGGCAAUUGAAAUGACUAUAUAAGAUGGAUGGAUUUCAUUUGAGGCGGCACAUUUCUAGUGGCAUUUGCUCUGUUCUAUUGUCGAUUAGUUCCCAAGUUCGAUACAUCUCUAUAGCCUGCGUCUCUAAUAAUCUACACUUCUCCAAUCUCUGGAUUGUGUUUUUUUUUUCCCCUUCUUCGUCUCUUUUGGCAACUCGAUCUAAUAUUGAAAGAAAGCUGAGAAACUGGUGCUAUAAAGAUGGAGAAUUUUUGUGAACAAUCUUCCCAACCUGUCAAGAAUUCACCUCCUUUGCCUCCUCCAUCACCUAUUAGAUCAAAAGUUGAUGUUCAUAAAAAGGGGCUGAUCAUCAAUCCAUCAGAUCGAAGAGGACAUAGCUCUGCCUCCACUGCCACACAAGAUUUAUGUGAGCGCCUCUUCAAUGAAGGAUACAGAGCAGAUGUCACUAUUAAUACUGAUAAUGGUGGCGUCAUCUAUGCACAUGCUAAUAUCAUUGGAACGGCUUCUCUUGUAAUUAAAGGCAUGUUAAAGCAAACAAAUAGAUUAGGUCGCUGGCGAUCAAUUUCAAUCCGUGGCGUUCCAGAAGAUGCAGUUCGAGCUUUCAUUCGGUUCUUAUACUCUUCCUGUUAUGAGAAGGAAGACAUGGAGGAAUUUGUGACAUCUCUGCUGGUUCUUUCGCAUGUGUACGUAGUUCCUCAACUGAAACGAAUCUGCGAAUGGCACCUAGAGCAUGGUUUGCUUACCACAGAGAAUGUAGUUGAUAUUUUCCAACUUGCAUUGCUCUGUGAUGCUCCCAGACUUGGCAUCAUUUGUCAUCGUAUGAUCCUAAAGAACUUCAGGGAUGUUUCUGCAACCGAAGGUUGGAAAGUGAUGAAGAAGAGCCAUCCAGUGCUUGAGAAAGAACUUUUGAAGUCUAUGAUUGAUGAAGAAAAGAUGCAAAAAGAGAGGAUCAGAAAACUGAAUGAAAGAAAAAUGUAUUUGCAGUUGUACGAUGCAAUGGAAGCUCUUGUCCAUAUAUGCAGAGAUGGGUGUAAGACAAUAGGACCACAUGAUAAGGAUUUUAAACUGGAUCAGGCACCUUGUAAGCACGCAGCCUGCAAGGGACUGGAAUUGCUUAUACGCCAUUUUGCUGGCUGCAAGUUGAGAGUUCCCGGCGGUUGUGUUCAUUGCAAGAGAAUGUGGCAACUCCUGGAGCUACACUCUCGUCUUUGUGCCGAUUCAGAUCUCUGCAGAGUUCCUCUGUGCAGGAAUUUCAAGGAGAGGGUUAAAAAACAGAGCAAGAAAGAUGAAAUUAAGUGGAAAAUUCUUGUAAAAAAGAUUCUGAGAGCAAAGGGAAUAGGUGGGUCGCCAUUCUUUUCAUUGGCAAGCUCCAUCUCUCUGUGAUAGUGAAGGCCUGAAUCUCUUAGACCAGCUUCAAUGUAGAUUUUCUUGUAAAUUGCCUUUUCUAUAAGAGAAGAAAAAUGGCAGUUUGAUUGACUGUAUUCUUUGUACUUACAUUAUGCCAAAUCAUGAAUGAAGAGAAUCCAAAUCACCUUAUUUCUAAGUGAAUGGAAUCCAACAUUGACCCACGUUUGGUUUGAUCA